UACAGAUCAAUCUUCUUUGCUACAGUUUAGCCAAUUUUAAGAUAUCUACAGAAAUCCAUUUGCACGUUACACUUACAGAUACUACCCAACUCUUCCACCUACAUGAUCGCAACCAGAGAUCUGCGACUCUGCAAUGGCUCUGACUCCAUGGCCGUACCUCCUCCAGCUCCCACUCCACUCUUCCGCCCACUCCUCUCAGCGCUUCUUCUCCCAAUUGCGAAAGACCGAAAUCUCUUUCAUCUCUCCGAUUCCGGUCAAGCUCUCCCCCUCGGUCUUGCCGAGACCCAAGUGCUUUGGAUCGGCCACCGAGGAGGACCGCUUCAGCGACACCGAAACCAUCUCCGAUGACGAAGCUAGAACCAACGACGUCGUUCCGGUCAACAGCCAACACCAAACGACGGAGACGAGUGGUGGUUCGUCAAGGGUUGCGACGUCGUCUGCCGGUGACUCUUUGCUCGGAAUUCGCGAGCCAGUAUACGAGGUGGAAGAAGUGAAGGCUAAUGGGACGAUAUCUAUUAGAAAAAUAAAUAGACGUCAGCUACUGAAGUCAAGUGGUCUUCGUCCGCGUGAUAUUCGGAGUGUUGAUCCUUCAUUGUUUCUGACAAAUUCGAUGCCUUCGUUGCUGGUCCGUGAGCAUGCUAUUCUGUUGAAUCUAGGCUCAUUACGCGCAAUUGCAAUGCAAGAGCGUGUCCUUAUAUUUGACUACAACAAUAUAGGAGGCAGAGCUUUCAUAGAAGCAUUGUUGCCUCGACUAAACCCCAAACUUAUGAAUGGAGGACCAUCUAUGCCAUUUGAGCUCGAGGUUGUUGAAGCAGCAUUGCUCUCAAGAAUACAGCGUUUAGAACAAAGACUAAUAAAUUUAGAACCUCGUGUUCAAAAUUUACUUAGCGUUUUGCCAAACCGGUUAACUGCUGAUGUACUGGAAGAGCUUCGUAUUAGCAAGCAAACCUUGGUUGAAUUGGGUUCAAGGGCAGGGGCGCUCAGGCAAAUGCUGUUUGAUCUGUUGGAGGAUCCCCAUGAAAUACGCCGUAUAUGCAUUAUGGGGAGAAACUGUACACUCAAUAAGAUGAAUGAUGACAUGGAAUGUUCUGUUCCUUUAGAGAAGCAGAUUGCCGAAGAAGAGGAGGAAGAAAUUGAGAUGCUUUUGGAAAAUUAUCUUCAACGAUGUGAAUCUUGUCAUGGCCAGGCUGAAAGGCUUCUUGAUUCUGCUAAAGAAAUGGAAGAUUCUAUAGCUGUCAACUUGAGUUCUCGGAGGCUCGAGGUUAGCAAAGUGGAAUUACUACUCCAGGUUGGGACAUUUUGUUUGGCACUUGGCGCUCUGGUUGCAGGUAUAUUUGGCAUGAACUUAAGGUCCUACCUUGAAGAACAUGUGUUCGCAUUUUGGUUUACAACAGCAGGGAUAGUCGUUGGCGCCGUCAUCGGAUUUUUUCUUAUGUACUCUUAUCUCAGGACAAGGAAAAUAUUGUAAAUAGGAAGUGAUUCAGUAUAGGUGAUUUCGAAGGUCAUGAACGUUCAGCUGCCAAACAAAUUGAUAUGUUUGUACCAUAUUUCUAUGAACUUGUACUGAAUUUCUCCCACAAGAUUUCAUCACCGCAGCUGAUAUCGCGAGUUGAAUCCGUUAGGCUUAUCUCUAGUAUAUGCAACAAGUAACGGUGAUUAGUGUUUGUGGCCCUGUAAUAUUUUGGCCCACCUGGAUGCUGGAUUGUACUAGUGCCCGAGCAUUUCGGAAGUAAGAAACUAAGAAUGU